AUCGAAUUGAUGAAUAAAAGGAAGCAUGACCAGCCCAAAGUUUACAAAAAAAAAAAAAAAAAAAAGGGCAAGCCAUUCCAUUGAAUGAAUAUGUGUUGUUUACAUCCCACACUCAUUAACAUUGUUGUGGGCAUAUGAUAUGAUGUCAAACUAUAGAUGGGAGUCCUUGACGGUGGAAAGCAGUGAAGGAGUGAAGCUCCGAACGAGGGUGUUCAAGCCAGAAGGAGAAUACAAGGAUGGAAACUUGGGGAUCGUUCUGGUCCACCCAUAUUCCAUUCUGGGUGGUUCACAGGGUCUCCUCAAAGGAAUUGCUUCUGGGUUGGCUCAACAUGGUUACACCGCCGUCACUUUUGACAUGAGAGGCGUUGGCAGCUCCACUGGUAGGGCUUCUCUCACUGGCUUCGCUGAAGUCAAGGAUGUCGUUACUGUCUGCAAUUGGCUCUCUCACACUCUCUCUCUUCACAGGAUUUUGUUGGUGGGUUCUUCCGCAGGUGCACCUAUAGCAGGGUCUGCUGUUGAUCAGAUCGAACAAGUCAUUGGCUAUGUAAGCAUAGGCUAUCCAUUCGGCAUCACUGCUUCAAUCCUUUUUGGUCGACACCAUAAAGCAAUCCUACACUCCCCAAAACCAAAACUCUUCAUCAUGGGAACUCAAGAUGGCUUCACCACUGUAAAGCAGCUCAAAAACAAGCUUAAAUCUGCUGCAGGACGUGUUGAAACACAUCUAAUCGAUGGGGUAGGCCAUUUCCAAAUGGAAGGGCCAGCUUAUGAUGCUCACAUGGUGGAUCUCAUCAUUAAAUUUAUUACAUCAUUAUAAAGACAGACAAACAACUGUUUUUUCAGUGUGUAAUGUAUUGUCUCUAAUAUUGAGAUUAGUUUGCGUACAUAAUCAGACUUAUUGAAUCUGUUGA